AUGAAUAAAGAAGUUAAUAUUAGUGAGAAUUUUUUGGAUGGGCAUGAUAAUGAAGAAAUCAAAGAAAUCCAGGAAAGAGAAGAAAUUGUUAAAAUGUGGAAACAUAUGGACGAGAAGUUGGAAAUGAAAGCAAAAUCACUUAACCUUACAGCUAUUAAUGUCAAGUCCAUAUUGCACCAUAUGAUAAAAAAUCCGCAAGUGAUAUCUGUUAUCAUGGGAUUGGAUGAAAGCUCUUCAAUUGCAGACCUGAAGUUGACGAGGUCAAGAACAAAACAUUUAUCCAAACAGGAAACGCACAUCGGUCUGAGAGAAGAAGGUGUUGUGACUGUAUCUCGUGCUUCACGAACUUUUCUUGAUAUUGACUAUGAUUCCAAUGAAGAAGAUGAUGAUGAUUAUCUCCCUGAACAGGAUGAGGAUGCGAGUGAAGCAGAAGUAGAAAAUGAAGCAGACACUACAGAAAUUUCGUUUGGAAAUUUGAAUAAUACUCUUCAGGCAAAAAUUGGUAAUGAUGAUGUAGCACCCGCACUACAUACACGCUCAAAACAUGAAAGUAACGUUUAUCCAGAUGCACCAAACUUUGGAGAUGAUGUUUUAUUGUAUACUGCAGUGGAUGAUCCAGAAUAUGUGGACUUCAUUUCAAAUUUGAAUGAUCCUUCAAAAUAUGAUCUUGAUGAGGCGGAGGAUCCUGAAUAUAAUUUUCUUUUGGAUGCAGAUGCCGAAGAUAUAAUAGAAGAGUACGAAGUACGGAGAGAUCGCGCCACAGAAAUACCUCUGCGAGAAGUUGAAAACUUGUUGCAAGACUUGUUGGAGGCCCGCCUGUUGCCUUCACCUGAGCACUUGGAACAAACCAUCGAUUCCGUGAAGGAUGAAAAUAAAUCAUGUCAGUCAGUUAAGCAGGAUGACCAUAAGCUGAAUAUGAAGAAGACCAAAACAAUGCUUACGGAAUCUUUGCCAGAAAAUAUUGAACCGGUCACCAUCCUUGUAGAUGCAUCUCUAGAUGAUUUUCAGAAAGUUUCGACAGCUUCUUUAUCUCUUUUAUGUACCAGUGUUGAAAAUCCUCCUUUUUUUUCGUUUUAUGAACUUCAACAGCUUAUCGCUCAAUUAGAAAAACAUGUACAACUUCUAACUCAGUUUGCAGUGGGUUGUUAUUUCGAUAAAGCAAUGAUUAAAAUAUAUAAUGCUUUUCAAGUUAUGAUUAACGAGCUAAACGAUUACUCUUUGGAGCGUCCGGAACAUUCUCUAUUUAAUGUUGCAAAUUUGGAAGCUUGUAUAGCGACGUGUCACGAUGCGAUAGAAUGUGAAACUAUUAAUGAUUUCAUUAUCCAUCGGCAAAAAUCCAGGAAAUGUGCGUUGAGUUUUUGGCCAGCUAUGGAGUUCCCGCUACCAAAAACGAUGUUGGUUCUUUCUCGAAGUAAAGCGCUGCUAUUUCCUGAAUUACUACCACAAGUUCGUAUGAAGAUGUUCCCUUCAUUUUAUCCAUAUUUUGUCCGAGAGGAAGAGUGCCUACUAGCUCUUGGUUUGUAUCAGUUCUCUCAUUUAAAGCAAUUUUCUGGGAAAGGAAAACGUUAUGCAUUGAUCAAUCAGCAUCUACUGGCAAAUAAAACACAAUCACAAAUACGGCUGCAUUUGAAGAAUUUUCGUUGUAGCAACCAACCUGUACACACACUUUUCGUGAAAGCUGAAACAGGAAUAAUAAAUAUGAUUUUUCCUCUAGAAAACAGAUCGACCGCAACUUCUGGUCCGCCGUAUUUAUGGCCACAGCAUCUUCAGCCCAGAUGGCUUAAGGAACUAGUCGACAGACAACAGUAUGAUUUAGAUUGUGAAAAUCUUGCACUGGAUGGUUUGACUUUUGUGAAGAUCAUUGAUGAAAAAGAUUCUCCAUCAAUGGAUCGUCCAGAUUCAGAUCUUUCGAACAGUCUUUCUGAAUGUCAUACAGUAGAUGCAGGGAAUUGGACUUUUGAUAGAGGUGUAGCGUCUACUCUGAUCGCUUCGGAUACCGACAACAGUGGAUGUGUUCGUAACAAUGGACCAAUGAACACUGUCUUUGCAUCCGUCGAUAGUGAUCAUACUGAAAUAAAUGGAAUUCCAUCUUCACCUGUUCGCAAUCUUUUGCUUUUUUCCUCCACUCCAAUAUGUGAAGUAACGAGUUCAUCACUCUCAGACUCACAUCAUUCGAUAGUUAUUUCGCCUGUGAAUAGGAGAUUACUACCAACCUCGCAUCGAUCAGCAGUUAUGUCAGUUAGGCACAGUAGAUUAUCACCAAACUCAUGUUCUUUGAUAGCUACAUCGCCAUUAAAUGAGAAGUCGUCGUCAUCGGUUUCUCCUCAUUCAACAAUUGUGUCACCUGCUAAUAUGGAAUUUCUAACAUCUUAUUCACAAUGUUCAACACUCAUAUCGUCUACGAAUCAACCAGCAGAUCUUGUCAGAAACACCAGUACGAUCAAGCCAGUAAGACUCGCACCAUUCAAAAAGAUGCCACCGACUGGAAAAUUAAAUGUGAAUGAAUGCGAAGAAAGUGUUGAUUCGGAUCAAUAUGAGAUUGAAAUGAUUGAUGAAACUGAAGAAAGCAUGGGAUCAAGUGCCUCGGAUAAAGAAGACAUAAUGGGUUCAUCACCCUCGCCAGACUUCAACAAUUCGAUUUGUUUACAACAAUCGUGGGGAAGAAUAGAAUGUGACACCAAUGAUGACGCCUCGUCGCAUUUUAGUACCACUGAUUUUGACUGUGCAUGGUCUGAAGCUGAUACACAACAUGAAGAUUUCCAGAUGGAAUAUGGCAUUUCACCAUGUUCUUCUGCUACGGUUGCUGAAAAAACUAGAGAAAUUUAUGGCAGGAAGUAUUUCACAGAAGUUGAUCGCGAGCGCUGUCAAGAAACUCGACACAUAUGUCAAAGGUCAUUUCACUCACUGUGUCCUGGUGCAGAAAUUUCCUGUGACAUGCUUGAAUGUUCCUCACUGAUAUACAAAUCAUCAAAGUGGGUUCCGAAUACUCCGAGUGGGGAUAUUGAACAUUCUGAUCUAGUAAGAUGGACACCAGUGAGUUCGUCGUGCUGCAGCAGUCAUCUGGUAUUCAGCACGGAAAAUAAAGCUAUUCAAUGUGAUCUUAUAACUUCCAAUGGUGAUAGUGAUGCUACUCGAAUCUUAGGGAACAUCAAGGAUAACAUAAUAACUCAAGAUAUCCCACGUGAUUUAACAGCUAACUCUAUUCGAGUGUUUGAAUCUUUUUGCUGCAGUGAUCCCUCUUUUGCGCAGGAUAAUGAAGAAGUUGGUGGAGCAAAACAGACACAGAAUGAGCAGACAGUAUCGAAUGACGAAAGUCGGAGUAAUAGAAAUGUUAGAGAUGGACAGCAGCUACCGACUGGUGCAGCAGAUGGUAGUAAAUCAUCAUUACCGGGUGAUCAAGAAGGCGAUGGUAGUGAUGGUGAAGGAAAUGGACCUAUAGAUGAAGAAAAACGACGGAGACGCGUACGCACUCGCAAAGAUCGUGUAAGAGAUGGAUUGCAUGGGAUGCUUGAUGCACAGCAUCGUGCACUUCAAAUAAAGUGUAUGGCGCAUGUCAUUUUUAAUGAUUUUGAACAACGUAUGUUCAUGUAUCAAGAUAAAGUAAGAGCUCUUUGCGAGUUGAUCGCUGAAGACUCGAUGUCUCCGGAAAUGUUCGAAAGAAUGCAUGGUAUUUUCGAAGAGGAACAUGAACCGAUAUAUUUUCUUCUCUCUUUUCUCUUUCCACAAAAUUUGCUUCCAGCGAGCGUCCUUGAUAACCCGAUUCGUAAAGCAUAUAACGAUGCCUUUGAGAUGAUAUACAAUAUCGAGGCAUUCACAUCUUUUGGAAACACGAGGUUAUCUGCGCGUACUAUAUUUCGCAACGUACGUGAUCUCGGAUUCGAUUGUACGUGUGAAGCCUUAACAACUCGUUUGUUCGAAUUGAUUGGUAAUAAGGGCCCGUUAUGGGAAAUAAUUUCACAAAAUAUUCCAACUCGUAUUUGUCAAUCGAAUUAUUCCAUAACGGAUUUUGAAUAUGUUGAUUUGUGCAGUUGGAAGAAAGUGGAAGCCGCUUUUGAAAAUGUUGAUCUUACGACAGCGAUUGGUGCUCAAACAGAAAAACAGCGUUCCGGAGUUUUUGUUGGCUUCUUACGCAAUCUCUUUACUGAGCGGAAAGGCAAGUUGUACGAAGUUGUAGCGGAAUGGAAACAAACGAAAAUUACUCCGCCAGCCCCUCCACGCCGCCGACUUCCAACAAGAAAAGCAAAAAAGCGUAAAUACAAAGCGUCGAAUAAAGUAGAGAUUGCGAAAUUAUCGAAAACGUCAGUUAAAAUGCCAGAUAUUAGUUGUCCAUCUCUACAAGAGCGAACAGCUGAUAUUUUGAGCAUUAUCUCUCCAAGAAAGAAUGCUGCAACUUUACAGUUUGUUCGGAAACGGCCCAUUCAGCCGACAAAAGUUGAAUUAGCUGUCAGUCAUGCAAAAUUGGCUUUAGAGAAGGAUUUGACUAAUGCAGAAUGCCUUAUGACAAAUCCAAAUGGACGAUCGAAGAAGACCGAAAAAUCUUAA